AUGUCAGAUAAACCUAUCACAGCGGACCCUGAGUUCAAUACUGACAAUUCGGCCCCUGGUGAUUAUCAAUCUGAAACAACUUCAAUCGCAUCCUCGACCUAUCGAGGGUUGAUCGAAGAUGGCCGCCGAUAUCAGACUAUGAGAGAAAACAAAUCCUGGAGUCCUGCUGAUGAGCAACAAUUUGAGAGUUUGGAAGCUGGCCAUGCUGUUGCUAUUGUGAUGGAUUCUGACAAGCCUAACCCGCUCUUCCAAGCACCAGUAACUAAGCCUUUAAGGAAUAUUCUGGAUUUGGGAACUGGUAAUGGUUUAUGGGCGAUUGACGUUGCCGACAUGCUUCCCGAAGCAACUGUCCGCGGUGUUGAUCUAUUCCCACCUCCAGCAGCAUUGGUUCCUCCAAACUACAUCCUCGAAGUAGAUGACGUCUUGGAAGAAUGGACCUGGCGCGAGCCAUUCGACCUCAUCCAUUUGCGCAUCAUGCUUGGAUCCUUCGAUGUGGCUGAAUGGAAGCAACUAGAGUUGGAUGCGCAUCUUGAAACCGACGAUGGUAGUUUAUCACAAGAUAGUUUGGCUGCCACAUGGGGAGACAAUACCUUUGGCUGUGCAGAACGAGCCGAUCGCCGAAUCGAUACGUUGAAUACCAUGCGUGCCUCUAUCGAGCAGGCUGGAUUCAUCGAUGUCCAUGAAAAGAACUAUAAGUGGCCUAUUGGUGCAUGGGCCAGGGAGAAGCACUUCAAGGAAGCCGGUGCCUUGAAUUAUAACAUGUGGUCGUCUGGAAUCGAGGCACUUGAGGAAGAGGGUCUGGGCUCAGAAACCUCCUGGCGGAGAUACUUCUUAGGCACUGCGUCCAUCUAG